CACAGUACGCUUCAUACACACAGCGCGCACUUCCUGGAGGUGCGAUGAACUUUUCCUUCUCUGGAUGCGGAUUUCUCGGCGUCUACCAUCUCGGUGUCGUCUCAUGUCUCAAAACUCGAGCUCCACAUCUCUUGCCUCACAUACAGAGCGUGGGAGGGGCAAGCGCUGGCGCUUUGGCCGCCGUUUUUCUCCUCUCUCCUCGCGCCGACGUCGACGCAGCACUAGAACGAGUACUUGAGACGUCGGAAAGAUUGCGGAGUCACUACCUCGGGCCGUUUGACCCUCGUUUUGACAUUCUUGGCGAGCUUGAGUUGUCGCUGAGGAGACUACUGCCCGAUGAUGUUCAUAUCUCGACGUCGGGGAAGCUGAGAGUUUCGUUGACGGUUGUUAAAGGGAGAAGACGCUUGGAGAACUUAAUCGUGCGCGACUUCGAAUCGAGAGAUGAUCUAAUCGAGGCAUUAAAGGCAAGUUGCUUUAUUCCUCUUUUCUCUGGUAUCAGAUUGCCACGCUUCAGAGGCCAGUAUUGCAUUGAUGGCGGUUUCACUGACAACUUGCCAUCAAUUUCGGAUGCCAUCACAGUGUCACCAUUCACUGGUGAAACAGAUAUAUGUCCACUGGAUAUGUAUUCGGCUACCAAUAUGAAUGUCAACCUAAAAAACAUGAGCUUUCAGGUAACAUUAGAGAACCUCUACCGGUUGUCCAAAGCUCUAGUACCUUCAGAAAUUAAAUAUUUUCGACGUCUCAGACAGAAGGGAUACGAAGACUGCUUUCGAUAUCUUAGCAGGAAACACAUACAACGGACAUUGAACAAUCCUCAUCCAAUUGUAAAUAAUCUGAAUCAGGAUGAAUCUCAAAAUCAGUACAAUAUUCAGCCAGAUGGAAGUAGUAGAACAACAUGUGGCAUACCGAGUGUAUGCAAUAAUCGCUAUACCGUCAGUGCAAGUUGUGCCAUUUCUGUUCAAUGUGAAGCAACCUUAGUGACAACAGCUAAGUCUCAAUGUGAGGAUGUAUCAGAGACACGGUUGUUGAAAUGUGACUGGCGUAGAAGGUUACAAGCUGGAAGUAUGACAUUACAAUCGGUUGGAAACGCCCUUGCAAUGAUCCUCGACAUGGUCAAGAGUGGGCUUGUGUAUAUCAAAGACGGUGCUUGCUACGUUGUUGGAGUGUGUGGACAGGCGACCAAAAUCAUCAGUCUUCGUGCAUUGAGGAGCUGGGACGAGUUGUACAAAUUGGUAACAACCAUUCUGGCAAAUACAGAAUUCAUGCCUCUGCCUCUGCCAUCGUCGGUAUUACCUCAUGAAGCAUCAUCCCCCAUGUCGAAAGUACCUGCCCACAAAGGAAAGGGGAGAAAGCGGAGAAAAGCAAAACCAAGUAAAUAGAGAAAUACUGUAAUUGUAUAUGUAUUGUUGAUAAUGUAUGAUGUACAUAAGGAAUGAACUAUAAGUGGACAUAGAUUGUACGUUUUAUUCCAUCUGAAGUACAUAUAUAUGUAUGAUGUGUUAGUUUUGUUACAAUGCAAGAGUCAGAAUUAUAUCAUUCUUGAAUAUGUA